GUAAAAUGCAAUUCCCGCCAGAAAUCCAAUUCUCGCGUGAAUUCACGGUCACAAAAUUUAUGAUGGCGGCUCACAUUGUGAUGAAUUCUCCUGAAGUAUUCCAUCGAUAAUCGCCAAUAUUAACGCGAAGGAAACCAAACGAAAUUGCAUUUUUUUCUGUACAUGAUCAGGCAUCGUUGAGUUUUAUGCAUAUAAGUUUUUAGAGCCCAACAACAGUUGUCAAACAGUGGUUGAUUUAGUAAAAAUUUCUAAGAUGGCUAACACGAAGUCAGAUUACCAGCCAAUGGACAAAAUAUUUGCCAAAAUGAAAGGAUAUCCACAUUGGCCUGCCAGAAUUGAUAAACUGCCCCCUGGGAUCGACAAGACGCCCAAAGGAAAGUUCCCCAUCUUUUUCUAUGGAACACAUGAAACAGCAUUUCUUGCCCCAAAGGAUAUUUAUCCCUAUGAGAAAUUUAAAGAAAAGUAUGCCAAACCACAGAAACGACUGGGAUUUAAUGAAGGAUUGUGGGAAAUCGAGAACAACCCAACAGUGGUGUUUAUGGGAAAUAAGCCACCUGAGAGCGAAUCUCCUGAAGAAGAGGAGGAACAAGAAGAGAUGGUCAUUGAUGAAGAGGAGAAACCUGUCAAGGGAAAAAAAAAGCAAGCAAAAGCAAAACCUGCACAGAAAAGAAAGAAACCCACAGCAGGGGGUAAGCAAGCUAAAAAGUCCAAAAAAGAGAAAUCUGUGGAGGAAGAUGAGGAGGAGGAGGAAGAAGAGUUUUUUGAUGAGGAAGAGGAAGAGUCGGGGCCCUCCUCUGAUAACCCUGAAGACGAGGACUUUGAGUUGGCAGAUACACCCAAAUCUAGAAAGAAAGGAAUUCCCAAGAAAAGAGGACGGAAGAGUGUUGGUAAGAAGUCUGUGGGAUCUGAUGACAGCGAUGAAGAGAAAGAUGUGAAAUCAGAUGACAGUGAAGAAAAGGAGGUUGAGAAGAAACCAAAGAAAGCACCUGCCAAACCCCGGAAAUCCAACACACCAGCAAAGAGGGGGAGAGCAUCAACUGGAGGGAAAAAGAAAGCUGAUACCAAAGUGUUAACCAGUGGCAGUGAUAUCAGUAGUGACAGUGAUUCCAAUGAAGAAAUGAGCAGUUGGAAGAAAAAAGAUGAAGAAAGAAAGAAAGCAAUGGAGAAAAAACUCAAGGAGGCUGAGGAAAAGAGAAUAAAAGAAGAGGCUGAGAGAAUUAAGGCUAUCAGAGCCGAACAGAGACUCGCAGCAGAGAAAGAGGACGAGGAGAACGAGGAGGAAGAGGAGGAGGUUAAACCGAGGAAGAGGUCAAAAAAGGUCAAGGAUGAAGACAAGCUGACAGAUGAUGAGCACCAGUCCAGCACCCCGAAACCAGCAAAGCAUGUUAAGAAGAAAUCCGAGACAAAGACAAACAAAGCUGAGAAAAACAAAGAGAAGGACAAAGACGAAGGGGAGGAAAAAGUGGAUGACGAGAAAAGUGAACCCACAGAAGAAGCGAAGACAGAGGAGAGCAUCCAGGAAACAUCCCCGAAAAAACCAGUGAUCGAGUCGGACACAGAGGAAACGGAAAAGGUGGAGAAGACAGAAGACGUGGAGGAAAAGAAGGUGGAAAGUUCAGUGGAGAACGAGAAGAAAGUGGAAAAGGUAAAACGUACUACCCUCUAUGUACAGGAGGUGGAUCACAGGAAAGUAGAUGUCUCUGUUAUCUUUGUUAUAACAGGAUUAAAGAAUUUUAAAUUUUUUUCCCUUGUUAUGUGGAUUUUUUUUCCCUCUCAAUAUGUAUGUAAUUACUGUUAUGGUUUGCAGAAAGAAGACUUGGAAAAAGAAGAGAAGGCUAGAUUGGCCAGAGAAGAGGCGAGGCGAGCAAGGGAGGAGGAACGAAGGCGGAAACAGGAGAGGGAACGCGAGAGGGAGCGUAAAAUCAAAGAAAGAGAGGAGGAGAAGGAGAGGAAGAAAAGGGAGAAAUAUGAACAGAAGAAAAAGGAUAAGAUAAGUUUCAUUCAAACUGAAGGAAAACUGAGUGCCAUGGAUAAAGAGAUUAAACUAUGUGUUCAAAGAGAAUCCACAGAUGUGGACAAGUGUCUAGCUAUAAUGGAGGAUUUGGAUGCUCUUCCUGUGAAUCAGAUGAUGCUUAAGAAAAACCCAGAUAUCAUGAAAACCAUCAAAAUGUUGAGGAAAUACAAGGGAAGUGAGAAGAUCCGGAUGAAGGCAGAAGUUAUCUACCACAAGUUCAAGGGAUUCUUCCUCCAGGGCGACGGUGAACUCAACAGUUCCAUAUUGGAACAUCAAAAGAAGCACAAAAUCACAGACACCAAGGAAAGAGAAAACAAGGAAAAUGAGAUCUCUCGAGGGACAGAGGUGACAUCAAACAUUAACGACACGACAGACGGGGUCGAUGCCCGGCUAGGAAUGGAAAGUGAUGGAAUUCCAGGAUUGGAUCGUGUUACUGACACUGCAAUGGAUGCAUCUACGAGUGAUACGGAACUCACCAAACGUAUCGAACAAUUAACAGGUGAGGUGGUCGCAAAACUGGAGUCGUGGCCCUCAGACAGCAGUGAUAAAGAAGACGGUUUUAAAAGUUUAAAAAGCUGGCCAGAGUUGCCUCUGUUGCCAGGUUUGUCGUUGGAUUCUGGAACACAGAAUAAUACAGAAAAAGAAAUUGGUGAGACCAGUGAAUUAGCAGCAACGGAGAGCAGCGUAAAAAGCAAUGACGUUAAUACAAGUGAAAACACCGAAGUGAAUAAAUCAGAAAGUGACGAGAAAAAAGAGGUGGUGUCUUCUCCAAAGGAAAGUGAAAAAUCAGAGAAAACAGAAACUGGUCCUAUUAAAUCUGGUUCACCUCCUUCAACAAACUCAACAAAUACAUUUAGGAGAACUUCUCAUAUUCUUAGUUUACCAUUACCAAUUAUUGACGAUGAUUCCCAAGAUGUUGGCACGGAUGACGAUGCCAUGGACAUCUCUCCUGCCAUUUCUCCGGAAAAAAAGGCGUCCACGGAGAAAGAGACCAAAGACAACGUCAAUCGCUCCCCGGAGAAGGAAGAGGAGGAUCCAUUAGAUGAACAGGAGCGAAUUGACCUGGAUGCCAGAAUACAAGCCAUUAUGGCUAGCAACACACUGAAUAAUCUGGAAACGGAGGACAGCAAUGGUCCCGUCUCACCAACGGACGAAAAACCGGAGAAGGAAGAGGAGAUCAUCAAACCCACUACAAACGACAUUCCGGUGAAAAAAGCAGAGGCUCCAGCAAAGAAGACGGAGAAAGAGACAGAGUCGGACACUGAACCAAUCAUGGACGAUGACGAACUUCAUAGCUUAUUAGGAAUUUAGUGUUUGGUCGUUUUAGUGAUUUCGUGAUUUAUUUCAGUCGAGAAUAUUCAAGGAGUCUAUGCUGGAUGGUAUAAUGCUGUCAAUUAUCGUACCAAUUUUGAUACAGUGAGCGUCGGGGAAAGUAUCUCUGGAUCAGUUCCCGGAAAAGAUGGCAACAGAUUCACUAUGCCGUUUGUUAUCCGUUGGAUAAGCCUGUAAAAUUACUUUGUGUAUUGUAGAAAAUGCCCUGGUGUGCACAUUGUCAAGAAAUAUCAUUGAAUGUUUUAAGUCAACUUUUUCCUUGAAGUUGUCAGUUUGAACGGGUCCUUGUGAUGUUACUGUGUACAUAUGAGAGAGAGUGUUGUUACCGAAUAAUAGUCAUGUCAAAUGUGACAAUCCCUCUGUUAAUGCUGAUCUGUCAUACUGUGAAGGAGUACCUUGUCUUACAGGGCAUUCAGAUUAGAGAGGUUUCGCUAUACAAAGGACAAGUUGUUACCCUUUAACAACAUAGUUGCAGGUGAUAUGGUACAUGCUUGCGUAAGUGACAUGUACGAGCAUAAGAAGUCAGGCACAAGUUGUGAGUGUUAGCAUUUAGAACCCGGGAAUUGUACAGUUACAGUGUAUAUCGUGAGAGGAAGAUGCCCAAAUAUUUAGGUCAAGUGGUCAAAAUGAUAGUUUUGAAGUUGGUUCGCAAUGUGGGGGGGGGGGGGGGCACUCUGCUUACAAUCCUUUUAUUUUGAACAGUUCAUAGUGAAAGAAAAGCUUUGUUUUUGUGUGGUGCCAUUUAAAUGUAAAUAUCCGAAUAUCCGUAUCCUACUGUGCAGUUUUCUGAUUAAGUGAAGCAGAAGGUUACAUUUAUGGUUAAUUUUAUUAUCAAUUUCCAAAUUGACUUGAUUCAGUUAUAGUUACUCCCUCAAUGGCAGAAUUAGAGGGAUAAUCAAACACUGCUUUUCAUCCAAUUCUUACACAGGUAGCCAAAACUCUAUUUACAUUUGUUGUAAAAAGAAUAUUCCUGUAAGAUCCCGGAUCCACCACUGUUACUCUCUUGCUUAUUGGAGGAAUGCGAUAAAUGUGAACUGCCUAUAAAUAUGUUAGAUCAAAUAUGCUAGUUUGGCAUGGAACCUUGGUGAUAUUCUGAAUAGAUCAUCUCAUUACAUUCUCAUCUACACAACAUAUUCCUAUCACUUUUGUAUUUUCAAAAUACGUUGUAUCGUGUCCUGUAUAUGUUUAUGCAUAGAUUGAUUCAAAAUCUUGAAAAUGUGAAAACAGGAAUAAUAAAAAAAAAAUCAACACAA